AUGGAGGAGCAGUACCCCAGUCCCCAGAGCCCCAAGGAGAGGCACCAGCUGAGAGACUGCGAGAGAAGCCAACAGGAGGAUGGUUCCAGGCAUACCAGCACCUUGCCCAGGCUGCCUCCAACCCACACCUCUUCCUCCUUCCGCCCACAGCUGCGGCGGCCUCAGAGCAGCAAGGGCUGCUCCCUGCACCGGCUGACAGCUCCCCGCAGCUCUCAGGCCCAGUCCCUGCACCGACUGACGGUGCCCCACAGCUCCCAGGGCUGGUCCGUGCCCCGACUGACACCGUCCCGGGGCACCCAGGGCCGGUCCGUGCCCCGACUGACACCAUCCCACAGCUCCCAAGGCUGGUCCCUGCACUGGCUGACAUUGCCCCGCAGCACCCAGGCCACCCAGGCUCGGUCCGUGACCCAGCUGACACUGUCCCAGAGCACCCAGGCCACCCAGUACCGGUCUCUGCACCGGCUGACACCGUCCUGCAGCACCCAGGGCAUCCAGUACCGGUCCCUGUCACGGCUGACACCAUCUCAGAGCUCCCAGGGCACCCAGGACACCCAGGCCUGGUCCGUGUCCCGGCUGACACCGUCCCGGAGCUCCCGGGACCAGUCCCUGUCCCGGCUGACACCGUCCCAGAGCUCCCAGGCCAGGUCCCUGUCCCGACUGACACCGUCCCGGAGCUCCCAGGGCACUCAGGCCCAGUCCCUGCCCUGGCUGACACCAUCCCGCAGCACCCUGAGCUCAGGGGGCACCGGGAGCCAUCUCAGCCUGGAAGCAGGAGGCCGGGAACAAGGCCCAGAGAGCCGCGGCUCCAGCCCUGGUGGCUCCUCGAAGGCGGCCGCCCCGGCCCAGCAGUGGCCCGUGAGACGCCGCCGGGCCCGCAGCGGCCUGGUGGGGCCGGAGCCGGCCUCCACAGGGAAACCAACUCCUGGCCCACGGAGACGGGCUUCUCACCGUGUGGAGCAGGAAACCCAGACUGAGGCACAAGAGACAGAUUCAGCCGUUCAAUACGCUGAGCAGGAGACACAGACAGAUACUGUAGGAGAAGAGAAGAGAAAUUCAGCUGCUUCCCUCAUGGCUGACCAGGAGACAAAGAUUGAGACUCCAACAAAAGAGAAUUCAGCUUCUCCUCAAAUCGGCGACAAGGGGACGCAGACCAAGGCCCACAGCUCUGCCCGCUCCGCAGGCACAGAUGUCCUGGCUCACCAGCAGCCACCCUCCGUGUCGGGAGAAAGUCAGCUGCAGGUAAGGCCUGUGCAGAGUGGCAGAUCCCGUGCCCUCAGCCUCUGCCAGGCUUCAGGUGUGCCAGCUGCCCUGGUUCACAUUCCUGGGCUGGUGUUGGUGGCCAGCUGA